AAGACAUGAACCACAAGGGCCGAAGACAAAAGUGGCCCCACACAGUGUUCAUUCACCCUCCCCGACACUUCCCCUUCUUACUCUCUUAAAACACCCGCUCCCUCCUACUACUUAUAACACUUCUCUUCCGACAAGAUGAGGAACCAUGGCAUGCUCCUGCUGGUGUGUGCAUUGUUGCAGAGGCGCGUCGUCCAAGCCCACGAUACACGUCCUUAUCCCACACACCCUCACCGGGUGUAUUCACGAAGGAUUGACUACACUCUGGGAUACAGCGAGUACCACUUCUCGUGGCGUCACGACGGAGGGCACAAUUACCCCUGGAAUCAAGCCAACGCUUACUGCUCGCAGCUGGGCCCGGGGUGGGAAGGUGUCAGCAUUGAGUCUGUAGAAGAGGACAAGUUUAUCUCCAGUGUUGUCGGUGGAGCGCGUCUGAGAUACAUCUGGACUGGAGGUUUUUUCAAAGACUCUCACUGGAAGUGGACCUCAGGGGAACGAUUCCUCGGCCUUAAUUGGUCUCACACUGGCGGCCUGGGGAAGAACCAGCCGGACAACCGUGAGGAUGGGAAGGAGUUCUGUCUGGCAGUACUGAACAACUUCUACCACGACGGCAUCACUUGGCACGACGUGGCUUGCCACCAUGAGAAACCCAUCAUCUGUGAGCGUCGGCGAGAUGCUCACUUCGGCUGAGACAGCCCCAUUUAACGUUUCGAUUUACGCCGUUUUUUUUUUUUCUACCUUUGUCGGCCUCUUGAUUGUCUAGCGAAACAAAAAAAUCUGCUACUUUUGUCACUUUUUUUCUAGUAAUUUAAAACUUUUUAGUUAAAAAGAUUUUUUCAAUAAAAUUAAGAUUUAAAGUGGUUCUAAAUCAUUAGAGAAGAGUUAAUUGGAUUCGAAGCCUAUUUACUGUACUUAAAUAGGCAAGAAUAUUUUAAUACCCAUAAUAGGGACUGAAGUAAACUCUGAACCUAUAUACACUAAGACAUACACAUCACGUGUUUA